CCCCCCGUCUGAUCCCAUUUUCGUCAUUUCCAUGAAACCUCAAACUUUCUUCCCCCUUGCUUUUAGAUUCGGACAAACAAACCACCUUCCUUCUAACGCUCCUCUUUCACUCUGUUAACUCCCUUGACUCGCUUUUGACCUUAAUAAGGUAACUGGGCUCUUUAUUUUUCAUUUUUCUUAAAUAAUGGGUAACUGCAACGGCCAUCCGUUAGCCGAUAACCAGUUCAGACCGGACUCCGACUCCGGCGGUGGUCCCCACAAUGGCAUCAACAUCAAAGCUGGCCCAUCACCACCAAGGCCUCAACAACAUUCAACCACCCACCACUCUUCCUCCGCCGCGUCCAACCACCGCCUCGCUACCCCUACCACUCCACCGAUCGGUCGUGUUCUCGGCCGUCCCAUGGAGGACGUUCGGUCUAAUUACGUCUUCGGCCGCGAGCUCGGCCGUGGACAGUUCGGUAUUACCUACUUGGUGACCCACAAAGAAACCAAGCAGCAGUUCGCUUGCAAAUCUAUUGCCACUCGGAAGCUUAUCAACCGUGACGAUAUCGAAGACGUCCGCCGUGAAGUCCAGAUCAUGCACCACCUCACCGGCCACAGGAAUAUUGUGGAGCUGAAGGGGGCUUACGAGGAUCGGCACUCUGUGAAUCUGAUUAUGGAGCUAUGUGCUGGGGGGGAGUUGUUUGAUCGGAUUCUAGCGAAAGGUCAUUAUUCAGAGAGGGAGGCGGCUAACUUGUGUAGGCAGAUCGUGAUGGUGGUGCAUAAUUGUCAUUCCAUGGGGGUGAUGCACAGGGACUUGAAGCCUGAGAACUUCUUGUUCUUGAGUAAGGACGAGGAUUCUCCAUUGAAGGCUACAGAUUUCGGGCUCUCUGUAUUUUUUAAGCGAGGGGAUGUUUUUAAGGACCUUGUUGGAAGUGCUUACUAUGUAGCGCCGGAAGUAUUGCGCCGACGUUAUGGACCUGAAGCUGAUAUUUGGAGUGCUGGGGUGAUUCUUUACAUUCUCCUAAGUGGGGUCCCACCAUUCUAUGGAGAAACUGAACAGAGUAUCUUUGAUUCUAUUCUUCGGGGAAAUAUUGAUUUCUCAUCAGAUCCAUGGCCCUCUGUUUCCAGCAGUGCCAAAGAUCUUGUGAGGAAGAUGCUACGAGAUGAUCCUAAAGAACGGCUUUCAGCAUCUGAAGUCUUAAAUCAUCCAUGGAUGCGUGAAGAUGGUGAUGCAUCUGAUAAGCCUCUUGAUAUUGCUGUUUUAACUAGAAUGAAACAAUUCAGGGCAAUGAACAAACUCAAAAAAGUUGCUCUAAAGGUAAUUGCAGAAAAUCUAUCUGAAGAAGAAAUAAUAGGUUUGAAGGAAAUGUUCAAAUCUAUGGACACUGAUAACAGUGGAACGAUCACCUAUGAGGAGUUAAAAGCUGGCCUUCCUAAACUUGGUACCAAGCUUUCUGAGUCUGAAGUGAGGCAGUUAAUGGAAGCGGCUGACGUUGAUGGAAAUGGAACAAUUGAUUACAUUGAGUUUAUAACAGCUACUAUGCACAUGAAUAGAAUGGAAAGAGAAGAACAUUUAUACACUGCCUUCCAAUACUUUGACAAGGACAAUAGCGGGUACAUUACAAUGGAAGAGCUAGAACAGGCCCUUAGGAAGUAUAAUAUGGGUGAUGAGAAAACAAUAAAAGAGAUCAUUGCAGAAGUUGACACGGACAGGGAUGGAAGAAUCAACUAUGAUGAGUUUGUUGCCAUGAUGAGAAAAGGCAACCCAGACUUGGUCGGUAAUCGACGACGCAAGUAAGCUGAAUGCAGCUCGCAUGUCUACUGGCUCAAUUUCAUGUUUUGACUGGUUUGUUAAUUCAUAUGGUUUUGUUAAGACCACAAUGACGUGCUGAUCUCAGUUUCACCACCUGGGAUCGCGAGAUAGUCCUUGCUUUCUGAAAUCAUUAGUGGCUUGUCUACGCCUGCCCUUUGCAACAGAAAUGAACUAGAUUGCCAUCACACCGCGGGAGAGUGUAAUUAUGUUGAGUUUUGGAAGAUUUCUUUGGUUGAAUACUGGAGUGCAAAAUUAAUAUUAACCUAAACCUUCCUCAGACGAGUUGCAGAUUACAAGAGGGAGGAGUAUGAUUUUUACUUUUUACUUUGCUUGUACAUUGUGCUAUUGCUUGAAGGUGGCAGAUGCAUCGUGUAAAUGAGCACGGUCCGUUGAUCAUUUAGCCGGUAGAUACUGACACUUUUGGUAAAUGGCGCAAAUCCUCUGCUUGUGGGGGUGCUGCAGCUUGUAACUGAAUGAACUCUAGCAGCUGCUAAGGUUCAAGCAGUUGAUUUAAUAUGUUGCUUCAGAAUCUGACAUUCUAAUGUUAGUGAGUUUUUAUACAAACGUGGCUUUUUCAUUUGGGAUUUGA